AGGGGGCGUGGCCUGUCGCCUAGCGACUCCGAGUGGGCGUGGCUUCCCUCCCGGGAGCAGAGGCGCUCUGGUUCCCUCGCCACAGAGACGGUUGGCGCGCCUCCUCGGCCUUGUCGCGCGAUCGAUCCGCGUUUAGAGCGAGCUGGCACCAGUGGGCGUGAUGGAGGACGCGGAGAGCGGCCGCCGGAAGAAGAACAGGGAGCCCGUCAGGAUCGGAGCAGAAAGCAUCGAGGUCUCGACCGACUUGACCUAUAGUGACCUUUCCUCUAUCUGUCAAGGCUCAGAAGGUUCCGAUGGUGAUCUUGGCUUCUGCGGGUGGAUCCUGGUGAUCGCUUCCUUCCUCCUGGUCUUGGCCACGUUCCCUUUGUCCAUCUGGCUCUGCAUUAAGAUUGUCCAGGAAUACGAACGAGCCAUCAUUUUCCGACUGGGACGCAUCCUGAAAGGAGGGGCGAAAGGGCCCGGCCUGUUCUUCGUCCUGCCUUGCACCGACAACUUCAUCAACGUGGACAUUCGGACCAUUUCCUUCGAUAUCCCGCCGCAGGAAAUCCUGACCAAGGACUCGGUGACGGUCAACGUGGACGGCGUGGUCUACUACCGGGUGCAGAACGCCACCCUGGCCGUGGCCAACAUCACCAACGCCGACUUGGCCACCCGUCUCCUGGCCCAGACCACGCUCCGGAACGUCCUGGGCACCAAGAGCCUCUCGCAGAUCCUUUCCGACCGAGAAGAGAUUGCGCACAGCAUGCAGGCCACACUGGAUGAGGCCACGGACGACUGGGGCAUCAAAGUGGAGCGGGUGGAGAUCAAGGAUGUGAAGCUGCCGAUCCAGCUGCAGAGGGCCAUGGCCGCCGAGGCCGAAGCCGCACGCGAAGCCCGGGCCAAGGUGAUUGCGGCGGAGGGGGAGAUGAAUGCCUCUCGGGCGCUGAAGGAGGCCUCGCUGGUGAUGACGGAGUCCCCGGCCGCGCUGCAGCUGCGCUACCUGCAGACCCUGACCACCAUCGCGGCCGAGAAGAACUCCACCAUCGUCUUCCCGCUCCCCAUCGACUUCCUCCAAGGCAUCGUCACCGGGAUGAAGCACUAGCACCGGAGGAAGGAAGAAAGAAAGAGAGAAAGAGUUUGUUGCUGUUUAUUCGUUCAGUCGCUUCCGACUCUUCUUGGUGACCUCAUGGACCAGCCCACGCAGAGACCCCGGCUGCUCGGUUUAAAGUCUCCAAAGGAAGGAAGGAAGUAAAGAGGGAAGGAAGGAAGGAAGGAAGGAAGGAAGAAGGGAAGGAUGUAAAGAGGGAAGGAAGGAAGGAAGGAAGGAAGGAAGGAAGGAAGGAAGGAAGGAAGGAAGGAAGGAAAAAAGGAAGGAAGGAAGAAAGGAAGUAAAGAGGGAAGGAAGGAAGGAAAGAAGGAAGGAAGUAAAGAGAGAAGGAAGGAAGUAAAGAGGGAAGGAAGGAAGGAAGGAAGGAAGAAGGGAAGGAUGUAAAGAGGGAAGGAAGGAAGGAAGGAAGGAAGGAAGGAAGGAA